UUAAAUGGCUCCUUAGCUUUUUAGCAUUUCAUGUCUAAAGCAAAGCUAUAUUCCACCGCCCCCAGAAUUCUUUUCAAAACCCUCACUUAAUACUUUCAUGCUUUAACUUUCCAUUUCAAUUCAUCUUCAACUGCGACCCACUAUAUAAAGGAACCAACUCCCAUCUUCCUCAACCAAAAACUCUUAUUUCUCUCAAUCAAUUAUGCAUCCACAAAUCUUCAUAUAAUACCUCCCUCUUACCACAAUAAACUCUUGGAAACCAUGAUUUUAAACACUUGGUGCAGUGUUUGCUUCAGGCAUGAACUUAAUUACAUAAGCAAGAAAAGCUGAAACUCUCAUCAGCUAGCUGCCACAUUCAUUGAACUUUUAUAUUGGAGCUUGAGGUUCAGAUGUGUAUCCUAACGUCCACGUUGAAGUGUCAUGAACCUACGGAAGUUUAUAAGAAUUUGAAUAUAUGAGUGGAAUGGAAUCAUUAUGAUGAACAAAUAAGGCUCCUUUCACAUAUUCCGCAUAUAAAUAUUGAACACUGCCUCUGCGACACUACGAAGCUAAACCACGCACCGUCAUGGAAGACCAAAUGUACGGCAUGACACCGACGGCGGAGUACUCGGAGAAAGCCUUGAUGACGCCAGAGACCAUAUUUCCUGCUGAGUACCACGGGUUCUUAAUGUCCUCCGGUAGCCGGAUUCCGAUGUUCGGAUCUGACGAGUUGCUCUCCGCCGCAGUGGCCAUCACCGCCGCCAGCGGAGCUGAACCCUACCCGAACGUCGCCGUCGUACCCGAAAUUCAGCGCCACCACGACAGCUCUUCCCUCAUCAAAGCCAAAAUCGCCUCUCACCCUCACUACCCUCGUCUCCUCCAAGCCUACAUCGAUUGCCAGAAGGUGGGAGCGCCUCCAGAAAUCGCGUGUUUGUUAGAGGAAAUCCGACGAGAAAACGACGUUUGCAAGAGGGACGUUGUUUACACGUGCGUUGGAGCCGAUCCCGAACUCGACGAGUUCAUGGAAACCUACUGUGACAUGCUGGUGAAAUACAAAUCCGAUCUGACGCGGCCUUUUGACGAAGCUACCACCUUCCUCAACAAGAUCGAAACGCAGCUUACGGAUCUCUGCACUGGUUUUUCUCUUCCAACCCUUUCCGAUGAUGGAGGUGUAUCUUCUGAAGAAGGAUUUAGUGCUGGAGAUGGAGAUUUUCAAGAUGAACAAGUGCAUAAUGAAGAUAGAGAGUUGAAGGAUAAACUCUUACGUAAGUUUGGAAGUCAUAUUGGUUCACUAAAAUUAGAAUUUUCCAAGAAAAAAAAGAGAGAUAAACUUCCAAAAGAUGCUAGACAAGUGCUACUUCAGUGGUGGAAUAUUCACUACAAAUGGCCUUAUCCUACGGAAGGUGAUAAGAUUGCACUGGCUAAAUCAACUGGGUUAGACCAAAAGCAAAUUAACAAUUGGUUCAUUAAUCAAAGAAAGCGUCACUGGAAGCCAUCGGAAAAUAUGCCGUUUUCUAUGGUGGAUGGUCUUACCGGUCGAUUCCUUACCGAUGAGUGAGCAUGGUUCUUCCACUCAAAUGUAUAUCCUCAUUAAUUAUUUCUUGUGCUUUCCUUUGUAAAUCCUCAAGGCUCAAUGGAUUUGACGUUGAAAUAUGCUUACUUCCCUGCAAAAGUUAGGGAAUAAUAAUUUAUUAGCUUCAUUUGUAUUCUUCAUAAAUAACUACUCCUGACAUUUGGAAAAGAAUGUUGUUGUUUUGGUUCAGAGAAUAUAAUUAUCAAC